AUGUCGGAUUUGAAGAGUUUGAUAUUAAGCAAGCUUGGGGUGACACAAGCGAGAGAAAUCGGAAGGGUGGCGUAUAGGUUGCCGGCACCUAUGGGAAAUGGAGUCUUCCGGUUUCGGCUAUUUCGACUUCACGGGGAUGAGCAUGUGCGACUGAUGUUCGACAUUCACGGGAGGAUCAUGUGUGAACAGGUAAUGGAGCUGGCCGCCGAGGUGGGUCACGGUGGUAGUGGGAGUUCCGCACAAGACACGUAUGUGCAGGACGACCGACCUCUCGCACCACCGCCCAUUCAUGUCGCAAUUUCGGAGAAUGAGGUAGAGGAGGAUGAGUUUGUGCCGGAGACACCUACAGGGGCUGUGCCGCGCCAUGUGCUGCCUCCACCUCACCCGAUUCCGACACUAUCGGCUGUGCUAAGUCACUAUCACAGUCUAGAUCUGGACGCCAUGUAUGAGAGGAUCCCGGUUUCUGACACCUGUGGAGUAGAUUACAACCUAGACGGCAUUGUGGAGUUUCGGGUCGGAUAUAGGUUCAGAAGCCGAGAGGCGGUGCUUCAAGGUGUGAAGAACUACAGUAUUCGCAGGAGUGUUGAGUACCGAGUGAUCGAGUCUGACCGGUUAAAGUACCAUGUGCAGUGUCGUCAAGCCGACAGUGGGUGUCAAUGA